GCAGAAAUGUCUACGAUUGAAACGGUAGAAUGGUUAUAAACUGUAUGUGAAGCGAUGCGCUCGUACGUUUCAGGUAAGACGGUUGAGGACAAGAUGAAGACGGUGCUGGUACUGGACGCACGCUCGUACACGGCCGCCGUAGCCAAUAGAGCUAAAGGAGGAGGCUGCGAGUGUGCAGAGUAUUACCCGAACUGUGACAUCCAGUUCAUGGGGCUGGCAAACAUUCAUGCGAUUCGCAAAAGCUUUCAGGCGAUGAGGCAGCUGUGUGCUUCGCCCUCAGACCAAGCCAGCUGGUUGUCCGCGCUGGAGAACACCAGAUGGCUCCACAAUAUCUCGGCGCUCAUCAAGUCUGCAUUGCUGGUGGUGGACGCCGUUGAUAGGAAGGGUCAACCGGUCAUCGUCCACUGUUCAGACGGUUGGGACCGGACGCCACAGAUCGUGGCUCUUGGGGAGCUGAUGAUGGAUUCGUUCUAUCGUACAAUAGAGGGUUUCCAGGUGUUGGUGGAGCGAGAAUGGCUGGAGUUUGGCCACAAGUUUGGUGACCGCUGCGGCCACAACCUAAACACAGACGACGCGAAUGAACGUUGUCCUGUCUUCCUGCAGUUUCUCGACUGCGUGCACCAACUGCAGCUGCAGUUCCCGUGCGCGUUCGAGUUUAACGAAGCAUACCUGGUGAAGUUGAUACAGCACACGUACUCGUGUCUGUUUGGCACGUUUCUCUGUAACAGCAGCAAGGCGCGUCACCACCACCGCAUCCACAAACGAACGUUCUCAACAUGGACCUUCCUUCGGUCGACGCGCAAACGCUUCUGUAACCUGCUGUAUGCGCACAGCGACCAGGUACUGAAGCCCGUCUCAAGCAUUCAGAAGCUGGAGUUCUGGGCGACGGUUUAUCUCGCUGACCACGCGAGCGGGACGCCCGACGACCGCGCAGCCGCCGCCGCCGCCGCAGCCGCCGAGACGACGUUGCCGCCGACGAUGGCGACUCUGCUGCUCACUAAGACGCGUUCGUGCGAUGACAUUGUCGCGGUGCUCGAGCAGCAGCAGCAGCAGCACGCGCUCACACGCACCUCCAGUGACCCCAACCUCGCCGAGAUGCACCGCGGCUUCCUGCCCAGCGGUGGCGCCCCCUCCUCCGCCGCGGCGACGACGAUGCCCGAUCCCUCAGCCGGCACCGCACUCAACAAUGGCUGCGGUGGCGGACUAGAAAACGGCUGCGGUAGACAGGAGUGCGUGCCGGCGGCGUCAUGUGUGGAUGAAGCAGAGAUGACGAAUGGUGCGGUGACGAUGUACGAAAAUCAUGUUAACGACGGUGAGGGAGACAGGGACGCCACUAACGAGUCAGUGGAAGAGCGGGAGGAUGUUGAGCAGCAGGAGGAGGAGGAGGAGGAGGAGGGGGAAGAAGGGAGGGAGAAAGCGGAGAAAAACUGCAUCGCUUUUAACACCAAGUCGCGAUCGGAACGCGUGGAGCCGUGGAACGGGCGUCCCUCGGCUGUCGAGCAAUCCGUAGAGAGUUCAACGGACACACUGGUGCAGGACCCCACGACUCUCGCAGUCACUGCCGACAGCGAUACCUAUGUGUCGCCGGCGUGUUGCAGUAACGGAGUCACGAGCAGCGCCACCUUUGAUUCGCCGCCGUGCUGCGCUAAUGGCGUCGCGGCGAACGACGUCGUCGUCGUGAAAUCGUUCGACGAGAAAUUCAAGCGCAGUUCUCUCGGCCUCACUGUGAACACGGACUGCGGCGGCGGCGGUGGCAGCGCUGCUCCCGCCGCGCGUGACGGUCAGGCGACGACGCAGCAGGUGGCGCGGCCCUGUAGGACGGCGCACGCGAGCGGGUCGAGCGUCACGUCGGCCGAGUCGUCGCCGAACCAGUGGACGACGGCGACGUUGGCGGCGGCGACGACGCCCGGGUCCAGCUACCCGACGUCGCCCGUGAUGGUUGCGUUAGACCCGCUGCUACACCGCAGCAUGAGCGGACUCCUGCGCCAGCUCGACCACGACGGCCUGCCCGUGGUGCGGGACCCUGUGCAGCAGCAGCUGCGUCGGCAGCAGGCCGAGUACAUGGCACGCAUCGAUGCACUGCAGAGGGAGCUUCAUGAAACACAGAACCUUCUGAUCCGACAGAUGUGCAGGCAGUGCUGCCAGUAUGCAACCAACGCCGUCGAUUACUACGACGAAUCGGGGUCGCUACCGGAGUCGACGGAGAGCGGUGUUGAGCAGCAGUCGCUGGGCGGCCGCAGCGGCACGUCUGACCUCAGCUGGGAGCAUGUGGAGGGCCGCGACGCCGACAUGACGCUGUGGAUGCCGGACCACGCCGCCGCACGCUGCCUGGGCUGCGAGGCUGGUUUCAGCGUCGUCCGCCGCAAGCACCACUGCAGGAACUGCGGAAAGAUUUUCUGUGAUGAAUGCACUAACUACCGGAUGGCGUUGCCGAGUGAACAGCUUCCCUAUCCUGUUCGCGUCUGCUACAGCUGCUUCCGUACCGUGCAAUCUUCCCAGUCACUCAUGGACGUUGCACUCGACAAAUCCAUCGCAGUGUCGAGCAGCUAAACCGGUCGUCCCGGCAACGGUCGCCACGGAGACCGCUGGCCAUCCAGUGACAGUCACCAUGGAGACCAGCAGAUGUCAUGGCUAUGGCCGCCAUCGAGGCAUCGGGACGUUGCGGUAGUGGUCGUCAUGGGUGCGUUGGGUGGUGAUGUCGCUGCGGCUGUGCAUUGGUAAUGCAAGUUUGCUGCAGGGCGAAUGAACUGUUCUAGAAGUGUAAGGUGCCGUUGUUGUUGUUAGGAUCAUGGCAUGCGGCUGGUCGUGUCUCGGGAGGCUGUAAAACUGCUGUGCCUGUGUGGCAGCAUCGGUGCUGGUCUUUCAAGCAUUUUCACCCCGGUACCCCCCUAGUGCUCAUACGUCGCAUUUAUUGGUUGGUUGAUUAUGCCCGUCUGCAUGGUUCCACAACGAUUCGCUCGCGAUGUCAUCUUGUCCACUGUUGUUACUCUGUGAGAGACGGAAAGUUAUGAUUUCGUAAAAAUCUGCACCGGUUUUAGUUGCUUUUGCUGUCGUUUAUUCAAAACUAUUGCCAAUAACAUGUAAUACGUAUCGAGAGAACAUGUAGAAUGCGCCCAUUUAGUCGUAUAUCAACUUUUUUUACAUCUGUUUGUGACUGGUUGAGUGCUCUGUUUGUUAUGCUACUCAUUACACCAUAUAGGUAGUAGCCGAAAGGCAAGAGAGAGAGCGCAACUGAAAGGAACAACGAUGACGUGUGUGUGUGUGAUGGGAAACAAAAUUUUCAAAAUCUCGCAUUGAUAUAGUCGAACCUUAUGUCCUUUCGCUCGUCUCAGCUGCCAGGCUGCUGUAUCGUUGCUAAACCUUUUUUGCGUGCUCUUUCAUUUAAUUGGGGGGAAGUAGGUUGGAGAAAGUGCAUAGCUGUGUCGGUAAGUACGUGUAGCUUUAUUAAAUUAUUACAAAUGAUGUGUAUAUAAUGCUUUUCAGAGGUAGGAGUAGGUGUUAGGCAUUGCGUGGACUUGCUCUGUUGCAGUUGUAAGCCACCAGCUAUUAAAUAGCAUUAUUAGAUGAGAUGUAAGUAUAAUGUUCCACCUGUUACAGAGUAAGCAUUUGUGACCACCCCUGAAUGGUGAUAUUCACCCAUUUAAAAGCGAAGUGCAGUGAGGUGUAUGAGUGGGUCGCGUUGCUCUUGAAACAAAUGAACGUCUCUGCCAAUGGAUGUGUGUCGUCUGUAAAUUACAAGCUAGGGCUUAUUGUGUAUAUUACGGAGGGGUUAGCUAUAUAAAAUUCAUUCGAUGAGUUUAUCGCUUUUUCAACAUUAGAAAUGACUUGGAACCAAUCUUUAAAUGUGUCUCAUAUUAUACAUGUAAAUAUAUUUCGAUUAAACAUGCUUCAAAUUACUUUCAAAUCGGUAAGUUUGUCUUUGACAUGAUGAUUGUUUCUCAUACGGGCAGUAUGUUUUCACAAAGUGUAAAUAAAUGCGCCAAGGAGCUUUAACGGUUCUAAAUUAUUUGGAAUUAAAUCUGUAUGAAGUUGUUUGUUGUUAUUGUGAAUGAAAGUUUAGUUUUCUUACAAGCGUUUCGGUAAACUCCAUGUUGGGUGUUGAAGGCUGGAGACGAUACUAGGUCCACUAAGGUCUAACAAACAUGUUAGUCGCAGAUUUUGCAGGUACUUGAAGAAAAAAGCUGGUGCUACGAACGUUGUCCAACCAGAAUUAUAGACCAGUACAUGUUAAAAGAAGUGAACGAUAUUUUUAACUGCCACAUUCAUGGAAUCAACCAGAUCUUGAUAUCAUUCGUAGGCAGUUAACUGAUGUGGGGCUGAACGGUAGUGGUGAAAUGGAGGAUUUGGUGGUAAAACGUGGUAGAAUGCGUAUUCUUGAUUGUUGGUUUGUUACUGUUAACGAUUGCCCUAGAAAACUGGAACCACUUGGCAUGAAAAAUUGUUACUGUGUAGUUGACUAUGCUGCCUGUUGUGGAACGUGCUUAGAGAAAACAAGAAAUAAAUACCCAAACAGCUAUUCCCAUUCUAUUGAUAAGUGUCGGCACAGACAGAUACCUUUUCUAAUUUCGGCUUUUCUAGUCUGUAGUAGACGAGAAAAAGACAAAAAUUGUAACAUUAAAGCAUCUAUCAGCGGCACUUACAGCUAUUUGCACUAGACUCGUAACGUGAAUAACUGAGAUACAAAUACAUGAAGAGCGUAUUGAGUAUAGACUUCAUACGCUCUUGAAUACAUGUAUAGUUGAGGUAAUAGCGGUUUAUGUAGUUUCAAGAUAAUACUGCCGUAUUCGGCCCGUAUCCUGCCCGUCACACAGUGCAGUUCUACUGUUGCAUUCUUGGCAACUGAGUUCCUUAUUGCUGAACUACUAGUACUAUAUAUAAUGUUCCGUGGGUUUGAUGGCAAUAUUCACAUCUGUUUGGAGAGAGGGCUGGUGGUUUGAGAAACACAUCUACAAAACUGAACUGUAUUUGAAGUUGAUGCAUAUAUGCAUUAUGCUGCAAUAAAGAUGUUUUAUGACUUGAUAACCUGAA